AUGGAUUCCGGCUCUCCGAAUGCUGAGAAAAAAGAUUGUCAAGUUCCUGUAACUCCCGAGGUUGUGAAAGAAAAUGGUGAUUUUGAACUGCAAUCCCCUCUCACACUGACGGUGGUGAGAAAACAGCUUAACGAGACAACCAUUCAUUCGGGCCCCAAGGAUGUUGUUUUGGACUCCUUUGCGGAUACUCGCAAGAAUCUGAACGAUUCCAGGAGCUCUGUUGUACGCCGGCUUCCUUUCCGUGCUGAUUCUCGUUCGGAUCUAGAUAUCUUUGAAUCACUACAUGACAGUCUCUUUCAAUUCAUUCUUUCAAAGCAAAUGGAGGAGAGGCUCCUAACUCAAAUGUCAAAUGUACAACAAGAUGAUGAAUGUAAAUCACCUCCUCCCCAGCUCCGUUUCACAGGAAUUGCUCACACCUGUCCUCCUGCACCUCGCAAGCUCAAACAUCAACCCAAGGUCAUUCUAAUGGAGUUAUGCAAGAAGCUUGAAUUCUGA